CUCAAAACCAUCCAUUUCUCCCUUCUCACUCCGAUUCCGAUUAGGUCACAAUUACUUUCACACCCAUCACCCAUCACUGCAACUAGGGUUAUGCAAUUUUCCCCUCGCUAUUGGGUUAGGGUCAUGGUUGAUACUUCUAUGUUCCUGUUAGGUCACUUCCCAAAGAGAAUCGAAAAUCAAUGAAAUUGAAAUUGCUCUAACAACAUACAAUUCCACAUAACAGAAUAGGGAAAUUGAUACUAGUCCUGUUAAUUUCAUUUCAUUGAUACUAGUCCUGUUAAUUUCAUUUCAAGCUGCUUACUUUUUGUUAUAAUUUUUUCCUCAAUGCAUAUAUAUAUAUAUUUUUUUGUUUUAAUCAUGUUGCUAAUUCUGUCCUGUAUCUGAUGUUACGAAUCUGGCGUUACGGGAAUGUUCAUGUCUUUACAGUCCUUGCUGGGCUCGCCUUUAUGUUUUCGGCCAGCAUUUUGCUGCAGAUUCUGGCAUGCGCUCUAUACAACAAUUGGUGGCCCAUGUUGUCAGCUCUAAUGUAUGUGCUGGUACCUAUGCCUUGCUUAUUCUUUGGAGGAGGAUCCACUCAAUUUCUGAUAAGCCGUGAUGGUGGAGGAUGGAUGGAUGCAGCAAAAUUUAUGACUGGAGCAUCAGCCAUGGGGAGCAUAGCCAUUCCUAUAAUCCUUAGGCAUGCUCAAAUGAUUGAGACUGGAGCAAUGCUCAUUGAGCUUGUAUCGUUCUUCAUAUUUGUAUGUACUGUUAUGUGUUUCCAUCAAGCGAGCCUUGAUGAUGAUUGGUAAUAGCAAAUUCCAGAAAGUUCCUGCAUCCUAUAGUCAUUAGGGUUAGUUACCCUUAAAAAAUGAAACCUAAUUGUGAAAUGUAUGACAAUCAUGGGAAAAGAACUAAAGAAGUGUAUGAUCUAACAUCUGUAAAGCUCUGCAGUUAUUGUAUUUUCGUCAAUUUGUAUUUUUGUUUA